AUGCGCUUGCUGCUGGUGCUUGCGAUCGUCGAGCGCGCGCUCGGUAGCUGCGCGUACGCCGACUUGUCGUUGGCGGCGAACGCGUCCAUUUUGGUCGCCGAUGCCUCAUGCACGACGGUGCCAGUCUGCGGCGUCCGACCCAACUGCAAGGUCUACGACUCGUUCUCGUCCGAUUGGAGCAGCUACGUGCGGUUUGACGCGAUUGGCGAUCUCAGCGGCUACACUCAACCCAACCUCACGGUUGCCAACUGGUCGACUCUCACGCUCGUCAAGAUGAAGCUGCCACCGACGCUCACAAAAUUGACACUCUCAAACAUUUCAAAAGUCGACCUCAGCGCCAUUCAAGCAACACAGUGGAGCGCGCUCACGGACCUGUACUACGUUUGA